AUGACAGCCGAAAGUCGACUACGAGGUCCUCGUAAGAAUCGUACCGGUAUGCACAAGAAACGCAAAAACACGAAAAUGAACGAAAAGUGGGCAUUGCUCUACGAAACGCCAGAGGCGCUCAUUCCUGCAGAAGAAGACGAAGAAGCUACACAAACUCGACUGCUCCAAGAUGAACUCGGAACGCUGGAAGGACUCGGAGGAAAUCCCGGUCCAGAACACAUGCCGCUAGGAUUGUGCCAAGGAGAUUGCGACGAAGACUCGGAUUGCGGCGUUGGCUUGUUUUGCUUUCAGCGUGAUCCUCAAAUGGCUGUCCCUGGUUGCAUUGGCGGCGAGGAAGAAAACUCAAGGACCGAUUUCUGCAUUCCUGAUCCUGAAGCGCAAGUGACAAGCUCUCCGGCUGCCGAUGCCACCGUACCCGCAGAUCCUCCGACCAUGCAACCUCUGUCAGACGAACCCUCUGCUAAUCCUGUUGGACCUCCCACACCAUUGCCAACAGCUGUGCCUUCCUACGCUCCGACACAAUCACCCACAACUGAACCUACCGAGGCACCAGUUUCGUUUGCACAGACUCUACCGCCUGCAGCUGCUCCUGUAGCAAUGGAAGACAUAUCAAUACCCACACUGCAACCAACAUUCGCGACUGAUGACCCUACCAGUACAAGUACAAGUACAAGUACAAUAGACACGGAGACCGAAAUUGAAAUUGAAACCGAAAUUGAACUUGACGUGGUGGGCAACAAUGGGAAUCCUUCGUGGGCAUUUCCUCUACAGGUGUGCCAGGGUGACUGUGAUACCGACGAUGAAUGUGACGAUGGCCUCAUCUGCUUCCAAAGAGACCAAGGAGAACCAGUACCUGGGUGCAUUGGAAACGACAGUAGUCGAAACGAUUACUGUAUCCUAGACCCAGAUAGAGCACCAACACCAUUUCCUACGACAAGUUAUCCCACUUCCACACCAACGCUCAGUGCCAUCCCAACCAUUGCUCCUACAACUAUCAAACCAACCGAGAGUUCUCAUCCAUCCACCAGACCUACAAUAUCGUCGCCUCCGACCGAAUUGCCAUCCGACUUUCCUUCGGAUGUACCCUCCGAUUCGCCCUCCCUCGUACCAACAGAGAGUCCAAUGCCAACAGUGUCCGCGGAGCCAACCUCAGCACCAACUUCUUCUCCCACAACAUACACUCGAACAGGAGUGCAACUAAAACUGUAUUGGGAAGAAGGAUACUUGUGGCAAGAUGAAACUAUUGAACGAAAGUGGUGCAUGAUCUCGGACUAUCAUGGAUUUCCCGGGACAGGGAAAUGCUGGCAUGGGUUGAAAACCGAGCCUUGCCAUUCCGAUAUGGUGUACGUAGCACGAUGCGACUCUGAUACCCGACAACGAUUUUCCAUUUACCCGAUGCCUGGAGGCACCCAGUACCAAAUAGGAAUCUACCAAAAGAAUGCGUGCUUGGAACGGCUGGAGUAUUCUCUUGUAUUGAGAGAGUGUGAUUAUCUGAAUCCUCUCCAACGAUUUUGGAUUCCCCGUGGCGCGCUGUUUCAAAAACGAUUUGAAUUGUCCCCGAUCACGCUCGCUAACCAUUGCGUGACCCAAUCGCAUCAUCCCAAGAGCGGAGAAGUCGUGGAGCUACACAAGUGUAGCCGUGCUAGAUCAGACGAACAUCAAUCUUCUUUCUGGAAUGUCCACUAG